GUCACAACUUUACUAGUGCUUUCUUUUCAGAGAAUAUUCCAGUUACCCGUCCAGGCAGACUAGGACCCUUUUCCCUAUCAAAAUCAAAGAAAAUGUCAAACCCAACUCCUGUAGCCAAGCCUGGAAACGCAGACAACCCUCGGGUAUUCUUUGACGUAGAUAUCGUUGGUGAAAGAGUCGGCCGUAUAGUGUUUGAGCUCUUUGCUGAUGUGGUUCCUAAAACGGCAGAGAAUUUCCGUGCUCUUUGUACCGGUGAGAAAGGGAUCGGUAAAAGCACCGGGAAACCGCUGCACUUCAAGGGCUGUCCAUUCCACCGCAUCAUCAAGAAAUUUAUGGUCCAGGGUGGAGAUUUUUCGAAUCAGAAUGGGACCGGAGGAGAGAGCAUCUAUGGGGACAAGUUUGAAGAUGAAAACUUUUACUACAUGCAUGACAUAGAGGGGCUGCUCAGUAUGGCGAAUGCCGGCCCCAACACGAAUGGCUCACAGUUCUUUAUAACCACGGUUCCCACACCACACCUGGACAGCAAACAUGUUGUCUUUGGCCAGGUGCUGAAGGGAAUGGGGGUGGUGAAGAUGCUGGAGGGGAUAGAAACAAAGGACGACAAUCCUGUCAAGCCCUGCAUCAUUGCUGAAUGUGGAGAACAUAAAGCAAGUGAUGACUGCGGCAUCGCACCUAAUGACGGCUCACGAGACGCAUACCCAGACUUCCCCGAGGACUCUAACAUGGACUUUAAAGAUGUAAACAAAGUCUUGUCUGUGGCAGAAGAUGUGAAAAACAUCGGGAAUAACUUCUUCAAGGCUCAGAACUGGCAGUCGGCCAUCAAGAAAUAUUCAAAAGCUCUCAGGUAUCUAGAGAUUGGUGGCAACACCUUUGAUGAUGAUAGUGCCCAAAAGAAGCUGGAGCCCACAGCCCUGAGCUGCAUUCUCAACACGGCCGCCUGCAAACUCAAACUGAAACUCUGGCAAGAAGCUAUCGAGAGCUGUGAUGAGGCCCUGGAGCUGAACCAGACAAACACGAAAGCGUUGUUCAGGAGAGCUCAGGCCUGGCAGGGACUCAAAGAAUUCAACAAGGCCAUGGUUGAUCUGAAGAAAGCACAGGAGAUCGCACCAGAUGACAAAGCAAUUGGAAACGAAAUGCUGAAAGUGAAGCAGCAAGUGAAGGAAGAGAAAGAGAAAGAAAAGAAGAUUUACGCCAAAAUGUUUGCGUAACGGAAACUGCAGUGACCUCACUCCACACCGACCUACCUGCAUAUGUUUACUUUGCACUUGUGUCUUAGUGUUUAAAUCUAAAGCUGGGUAAAAAGGCUUUGGAGUCUCUAAUUUAGGAUAUAUGCCAUGUGCAGUUUGGAAAGAAAGUCAUAUCGUCUGCUGUAUUAGGAAACAAUUUGUCUGUCAGUGAAGGGACAGUUUCAAUGCAUUUUUAGUGAGCUGAUCUAAAGAUGUCUUGUAUUGAUUACUGUUUAAGAAAGAAUAGACUGACUUUAAAGACAGUUAUAAUGUUUUUGUUUCUGGGUUCAUUUGUUUUAACUGCUGCUCAUUCUAUCAAUCGGUGAUGAAAAAAAGCAAAACUUUUUCUUGGUGAAAUGAGAAUCGGUCAUGUAAUUUGCGUCAAAUAAAACAAUGGAUAUUUUCAGGGACUUUUGGGUUUGUAGUUCUAGAAAACAUACCAACAGAUUGGAAUAAUUCAUUUAUUUCUACCUGUUACAGUUACCAAAUUUGACAAUAUAUACAAAACUGUCAGUUUACAGUUAACUGCAUCAUGGUGAGCUAAAACCGUCCACUAGUUGUUAAUCCAACAUGAUAAUUUUUCUUCUUUUAUGACACAUUCCUUAGACGUGAUAUAUAAAAAUGUUUUAUCAAGUUUUCAUCAAAACUGAAAUUUGCAACACCACUUUAUGUAAUUACAUUUAAAGCUCAUAUCAGACAGAAUAUGAUGACAUUCUGUUCCUUAGGCACAUCAGAAGGGCUCUUAAGUCUUUAAAAGCUUUAGCCCUGAAAGUUGAGUAAUGUGAUUUUGAACUUGUGCGAUGUACCCCAAUAAUAAAAACGAUACAUAAUACUGAAA